AUGAAGAUUUUGAUUGUCUUGGCUCUGGUGAUUGCCGCAGCGUCGGCGCUGCCUCAAUUUGGCUUCUCACCAUAUGGCGGCGGUGGCUUUGGCGGCGGUGGCUUUGGCGGCAGACCCGGCUUUGGAGGCGGCGGCUUUGGCGGCAGACCCGGCUUUGGAGGCGGCCUGGAUUCAACCGUGGAGGUGGUGGCUUUAGUCCUUAUGGCGGCGGCUUUGGCGGUGGCCCUGGAUUCAACCGUGGAGGCGGCGGCUUUGGCGGUGGCGGCAGCUCCUCAUCUGCAGCUGCAUCCUCUGCUGCUUCAUCUGGUGGUGGCGGUCGCGCUGAUUUGA